AUGGUUCUCGUCAAUGGAAGAAGGGUGAAAAUUGUAAAAAAGCGCACGAGGCGGUUUACUCGGCAUGAAUCCGAUCGAUAUCACCGUAUUCGACCAAAUUGGCGUAAACCUAAAGGUAUAGAUAAUCGUGUGCGCCGACGUUUCAAAGGUCAGAGGCGAAUGCCUAAUAUUGGCUAUGGAAAUGCAAGAAUUACACGACAUAUGCUUCCUAACGGCUUUCGAAAAAUUUUGAUUCGUAAUGAAAAAGACUUGGAUAUGCUGUUGAUGCAGAAUAAACGAUUCAUAGGCGAAGUUGCGCAUGCUGUCUCAGCAAGAAAAAGAAAAGGUAUUGUGGAACGAGCGCAACAACUUAAUAUCAAACUAACAAAUGGUCAUGCACGAGUCCGUUCGGAAGAAAAUGAAUAA